CGCUUCGAGCUCAUGACCGCCCAAGCCAAUGCCCAGCAGCUCAGCGAUGAGAUGAAGGAGGCAUGGGAGGUUGUGGACAAGCACUUCGACCCAGAAGACAUCUUAGGCUCCGUUGUGGCGGACGUCGUUUCCAAGCACGCGGUGCGAGCAUCUCAGCAUGAGCUGCCAUGCGCCAUGUCCAUGAUGGCGGGGUGCAUUUCCAUGGCCAACGGCGGCGGGGUCAGCGCGUUCCCGAACAGCCCGUCGCCGCUCGCGAUGGCUGUUCUGAACACAAACUACCCACAAACCCGGAAGUCAGCUAUCACAGCAGCUGUCGCGAUGCUCGGGCGCGCCAUGGACAAGAUCGCCAACGAGAGGGCGCGCGCUGCGAUGGGCCCUGGAGCGAAGCAAGCGCAUGUGCCCGCGAAGCGCUCGGAGGAGCAGGGCGCGCCAAACCCCGAACCUGAUGGCGACGACCUCGCCCAGACCAACCACGGGACCCUGUUGAACUUAGACGAGGCGUAUAAGAUGCUUCGGAUGCUGGGGAUGAUCGCGGACACUGGCAGCCAGAAGGGCCCCCUAGAAGUCACGGACCUGGCGUCCGACUUCAAUCGCCUGUUCCAGACAGGAGUCGCCGCCUACGCAACGAAGACGGCUGGGUCAUCCGGACAAGAUGCAGGAGCAAGCGCAUGCCUCGGCGUCGCGGGGAACGCCCAUCCAGCUAUCACCGUCCCCAUGGAGAGGGGGGGCCUCGGUAAUCACCGCGUGGCUGUGCGGGGGCGUUGGAGAAUCCUGACUGCCCAUGUGGUCGAACCCCGCGCGCCACUUCCUGGCGACUUCGUCGCGCCCCCGGGCUUCCAUGAGCGGUCGUGGCCCGAACUCAUGUCGACGAUGGCGGGGCCGCUCGGGUUUCCUCCGGGCGCGGACAUCCCGGAGAUCGCCGCGAACACGCUCCCGCGUGCCAGAGAUGCGCCUCAUUCGGACGCCGUUGCCCACGAGUCCCAGAGCGGCGAAGAGUACUUGCCUGGCGUGGAAGGAUAUUACGUGCAGCUCGCAGACGGCACGCAGAGUCGCAUUCGCUUCAAGAGGGUUCCCGGCAAAUGGUGCCCGACGUUCCAGGUGCCAAACAGAGACAUCCCCGUGUUCGCCAACAUGAGCAUGGACAGCAUCGCGGCGAGGGUGCUCGACAUGUUCGAGACGCCGGGCAUCCAGCUCGGGUUAUCCACGAAGGGGCUCUUGGCCUUGCACGGUUUCCACGCCAUCUUCAAAGCCGGGUGCGCCCAGGCGCGCAAUGCAGACAGGGUCUCCCUGUCCGCGCGUCUCGCGCGCGAGUCCCCAAAGCUCGCCCUGGCGCCCGCGGCGCCCGGUGCCGGCGGGCCCGACGGCGUCGCUGGAGAAGCCCCGGCAGGCGAGGAAAUCCCCGCGGCGCAGGGCGUGCCCGAGGAGGUAGAUGAAGGCAUCCGGGGGCCUCCUUACCCGGACUUCAUCGAGGACACGCGCGUCGCGCGGGCGUGCAACCUCUUUGCCGUGUUGGACACCAUUCGCUCCUGCUGGCGCCCCGCGAGAGACGCGGACACGCCCGAGGAGCGCAUCCGCAGAGCCGAGGUGGCCGAAGAACAAGCUCGCCUGCAGCAG